AUGAGGGAAGUUAAUGACGCACGAAACAAUCUCGUAUGUGGUAAAACUUUCGAUGCGUUAAAUCAUUUGAAGAAGCAUAAGCAAAUUCAUAUUGGUGAAAAGUCGUAUUUGUGUAACGUUUGUGAUAAGAGUUUCAAUAAAUUUAAAGAUUUGAGAAUACAUUAUAGAACACAUACUGGCGAAAAGCGAUUUUCGUGUAAUGUUUGUAGUAAAAGUUUUAAACAAUCUGGUACUUUGAAGGUACAUAAGAGAAUACAUACUGGUGAGAAGCCGCAUUCGUGUAGUAUUUGUGGUAAGAGUUUCAAUCAAUCUAGUGUAUUGAAAAUUCAUAAAAGAAUACAUUCUGACGAAAAGCCGUUUUCAUGUAACGUUUGUAAUAAGAGUUUUAAACAUUCUAGUUAUUUGAAAUUACAUAAUAGAGUGCAUACUGGUGAAAAGUCCUAUCCGUGCAAUGUAUGUUUUAAAAGUUUUUAUCAUUCUAGUAGUUUGAAAAGACACAGUAGAGUUCAUUCUGGUGAAAAGCACUUUUCGUGUAAGAUUUGUGGAGAGAGUUUUAUUGACUUUGAUGCUUUGAACAGCCAUAAUAGUAUACAUACUGAUGAAAAACCGUAUCCGUGUAAUAUGUGUGGAAAAAGAUUCAGUCGGUCUCGUUAUUUGAAAAUACAUAAUAGAAUGCAUACUGGUGAAAAGCCGUAUUCGUGUAAUGUUUGUGGUAAAGGUUUCUAUCAAUCUGCUAUUUUGAAAAGACAUAGUAGAACUCAUUCUGGUGAAAAGCCGUAUUCGUGUAAUGUUUGUGGUAAAAGUUUCUGUCAAUCUGGUAUUUUGAAUAGACAUAUUAUAAUUCAUUCUGGUGAAAAGCCGUAUUCGUGUAAUAUUUGUGGUAAAAGUUUCUCUCGAUCUGGUAUUUUGAAAAUACACAGUAGAAUUCUUUCUGGUGAAAAGCCGUAUUCCUGUAAUAUUUGUGGUAAAAGUUUCUAUGAAUCUUAUAAUUUAAAAAUACACAGUAGAAUUCAUACUGGCGAAAAGCCCUAUUGGUGUAACGUUUGUGGUAAGAGUUUCCGUCAACCUAAUAAUUUGAAGAUACAUAACAGAAUUCAUACUGGUGAAAAGCCGUAUUCGUGUAACGUUUGUGAUAAGACUUUCUAUCGAUCUGGAGGCUUGAGACUACAUACUAGAUUACAUACUGGCGAAGAGCCAUAUCCGUGUAAAAUGUGUGGUUUAAGAUUCAGCCGGUCUUGUGAUUUGAAAAUACAUAACAGAAUACACACAGGUAAGGAGCCAUAUUCGUGUAAUGUUUGUGGUAAAAGUUUUAAUAGAUCUCAUGCGUUGGGAAUACAUAAAAAAAUACAUACUGGUGAAAACCGAUAUAAAUCUAGUUAUUUGAAAGUAUAUAAUAGAAAGGAUGCUGGUGAAAAGACGUAAAGUAUUUAAAUCUUUAUAAUUGAUUUCAUUACAAUAUACCUUCGAUGAAUGAAUUCCUGUACACGCCAAAGUAUACCAAAUACCAAGAAUAUUUUGAAUUUAUUGAAUGUGAUAGAAGGAAUUAGAAGGACCUACAACUGUUUAAUAAUGACAGUAGUGCUUCAAGCUCUGAUACCAAUAUAUAAAUGUCAAGUGACUUUAUUAUUACUUCCAUAAUUACUUAUCAUUUAGAAUGAGUACUUUUAAAAGGACGAAGUAUACUUUGUUUUACUUACCAAAUAUUUAUUUAUUAUGAGAAAAAAUUGCUAGUAUUGGUUUUCAUUGUAUUUACUCGUGAAAAGACAUAUUUUUUUACUGUCUGUUAGGAAAUUAUAUUAGGUUUUACUUAAUACUGGUAAACAGGCGAA